UAGGAAUUGUUAUGAUAUUUCAUCUGGGUUUCUAGACGAGGAAGACCCACCUCUGCAAACGAUUUUUUCUCUCCCGAUUUCUGAGAAUGGGAGUCUUGCUGACAUGGAUGCUGAUGGGAAACUGGACAAGAAGGAGUUCUCAAUUGCCAUGUUCUUGAUUAAGAAAAAGUUGGAAGGCAUGCAGCUACCUCCAACCCUCCCGACUGGUUUGAAGAAUGAUCCUCAGCCUGUAUUUAUCCCGUCAUCCUCACCUUCCCUAUCUCGCUCCUCUGUCCUAGACACACCCGUUGGAUUGCCAUCGAGCAAGCCCAGUUUGAAUGGACUUGCGCCCUCCGUUUCCCCUGUUCCAACGGACAGUAACGUCAGUUCAGAUUUGAAUGAACCACACAAUUGGACCAUUGGCCCAAAUUCUAGACCGAAAUACCGACUUCUCUUCAACCAACACGAUCGUGCUAAGCGUGGCUUCAUCACUGGGGUUGAAGCUAGGGGCGUCUUCUUACAAUCCGGCCUCUCUCAGCAAAUCUUGGCCCAUAUUUGGUGGGUUCUGUUUGUUUUUGUAACAAUACAACCCUUUCCCGAUGAUAGGUCUCUCGCUGAUCUGGACAAAGAUGGGAACCUGAACUGUGAUGAGUUCUGCAUCGCGGCCUUUUUGAUAGACAAAGCGCUCGCCGGUGUUCAGCUCCCUGCUACAUUACCCUCCGGUCUUUAUCCAUCCCAGGCAAUCAUGGUUAUAUUGUUCCAAAGAGUUUUAUGCCGUUUUUAUGCCCCUCUUGCCAACGCACACUCAGUUUCUCAAUGUUCUGGUUCGAUUUCUCUCCAGCUUCGAGCAGGGCGUCAAACACCGUCCAGUUUGCAGCCAACUCAGCCCGCAAGCGAGGAUGAAGGCAAAGCUCCCGCACUGAGCUUUGAGGACAAACGAAGGGAGAAUUUCCUUCAAGGACAAGUUGAGCUAGAUCGACGGAAGCAAGAAUUGGCGGAGCAACUACGUCAGGAGGAAGAAGCCCGGCUGGAGAAAGAACGCCAAGAGCAGGAACGAUUGGAAAAGCUGCGACUGGAGAAGGAGCGCGAAAAAGCGUUGGAAACGGAGAGACAAGCCGAACGGUUGCGGGAAUUAGAAGCACAGCGUGAAGUUCGUCGUCGCCAGGCGGUCGAGGCUCGAACCAAGGCAUGGCGUGCUGCUGAAGCCCAGAGACAAUUGGAGGCAGAGAAACAGCGAGUAGAAGCCCUUCAGAAAGAAAAAUGUCAGGCCAGCGCACUGUUGGAGCAGGCUAUUGCGCACCGUGCCAGUCUUAUUGAAUCCGCCUCUUCACAAGAACAGCGCAAGCGCGAAUUAGAAACCCGUCUUUUUGUGGCCAGUGCUGAAGUGGAUGCUCACAAAUCUGCGAUAAAUGAUAUGCGCGGCAAACGUGACACUUACGAACGUGAUAUACGCGAGUUGACCGAACAGGUUGAAGCAGCCAAAGCUGAGUUGUCACGUUGGCAGCGGGAGCGAGAACAGCUGAGUCUCCGCGUCUCCACUGGGGUGGACACUAAUCCCACGGCAGAGCAGUGCAAGACCCUUCGGGCCAGUAGUGAUCUACGUCGAGCUUCCAUCCAACGACUCGAAAGCCAACUGGCUGAACUAGACGAGGGAAUGACACGCCAGGGUGAACAGCUGGCUAGUCGUCGUAAUACGGUAACCGAACUGGAAAAAAGAUCUUGUCAGCUCGAUGUGGAAGUGGCCAGGCUGCGACAAAAGCUGGAAGGUCAAUUCCGCUCGUAUCUCACUUUGAAGAAUCCAGGGAAUGUAGAAAAACUUUUCGACGGAUUGGGCUCUUUAGAAACCGGUGAUCAAACUGAGCAGUAUGAAGUCAUGUUCGACUUCACUGCUCGACAUCCGGACGAACUCUCAUUGAGUACCGGUGCACUCGUCCAAAUCGUCAGUGAACCACCUUUCCCCGUGGCUGCUGGGUGGCUUUAUGGAGAGUCUAAUGGAAUGAAGGGCUUGUUCCCCGAGUCGUAUGUCCGAAAACGGGUGACUGGGAAAAUCGAUCCGUUUGAUCCUUUUGGCGUGCAUAAGGCAACGACAAAUUCCAUUUCAAGCAUUUCGCUAUCUGACUGCGAUUUUCACUCUGGUUAUUUUCAGGAGUUGAGCGCCGUAAAGACGUUAAGUUCCGCAUCUCCGCCUUUGAAAUCAACUGAACAAGUUGUCUUGCCUAACCCAACUCCCCCUAUCAACACCACAAUCGCCACCACCAUGUCUUCACAAUCCGACACCGAGCUCACUGUUAGUGCGUCAAAAAGUGGAAGCCCCGCACCAGGUUCCGGUCAAGCCUCGCCUUCCUCACAUAUCACUAUUACUACGAAACCAGAAUUCGCCCGUGUGAUUGCACCCUACACAGCCACGGCUGUUGGCCAAUUGUCACUGCAACCAGGACAGGUUGUGCAGUUGCGCAAGCGUUCUGCCAAGGGUUGGUGGGAAGGCGAACUACAGCAACGGGGGCGAGUGCGUCAGUUUGGUUGGUUUCCCGCAGAUUACGUGAAAGUAAUUUCGGCUUCGUCAUUAAAUGGGUCCCAGGCAGUACCAGGACCGCUCAAGACUGCAGCACGUUCCACAACUGAUUCGUGCUCUUCAAUCACUACUACGGUCUCCACUUCUGAAGCUCCUACUGGUACUACGCUUACCCACACUACGACUUCACCAAAAAUGCCAACUACCGAGCCGCCGAUACCGGCCAUAUCCACAGUCCCAUCCCAGUCAGCUCAGCCUACACAACCCACGCAGACCGCUAUCGGAAAUCGUUCAGUUGAAAUGAUGCAAGCAAUUUUUAGUUACAGAGCUGCCCACGCCGAUGAGUUAACCUUUGAAGAGGGUUCGGUGAUUACAGUUCUCGGUCGGGAUGAACCAGAAUGGUGGCGUGGUCGUCUGCAGUCAUCUGGUGCGGAAGGUUUAUUCCCCGUCAACUACGUACGACCCUACACCCAACCCGUGCCUGGAGCUCCUUCUAAGCAACCUGUUCCACAUGGACCAACAACGACCGGUACCGUCUCGUUGUCAGCCUUUGUGUCCACAGCGAACACAAAGCAUGCAACAGAAUCAUGUACAGUGGAAUCAACUGCCAAACUGGACGGAUCACGGGAACACAAACGUAACUUGGCGAUUUUCGAGCUCUUGCAAACUGAGGAAAUCUACGCUUCCGAUCUCCUUAAACUUCAGACUAUGGUAAUCUUUCCCAUCAGUUUGCCAGAGCUUAUUUUGCUUUUCAUGAGUACUUGUAAAAUGGAUGUCUGCAUCUAUUUAACCCGAGUAACCCCAUCCCUUUCAAUCCCGCUCUCUAGCGCACUACAGCAGCAGAUGGAUGUGGCGGGCAGUCCGGAAGUCAACAAUUCUCCUAUCCCCAUUGGGAAGGUGUUUCUGCAACAACUUCCGAAAUUCAGUGCGUUCCGCCAUUACUGCAAGCAUCAAGAGUCGGCAAUCCAAACGCUGCAGCAUCUUCUCAUCGUGGUUCCCCAGCUGAAGAUGGUCCUACUUCAGUGCGAACACGGAAAUUUGCCGCUGUCUAGCUAUUUGUUAAAGCCUAUCCAACGACUUACUCGUUACGGACUAUUUCUCCAACGGAUAUUGGCGGAUACCGCUCCAUUCCAUCCAGAUUAUGAGUCGACUCUUCAAGCGAAUGAACGCCUCACUCGCGUGCUCAGCUCCAUCAACACGACAGUCGGCUGCUAUACACGAAAAAAUCACAUUCGUUGGCUUCAGAAUCACUUGCUCGGAGAGAGUGUGAGCCUCAACUGGUUGCUCGCUCCGCAUCGGCCAAAAAUGCUUCAUUACGGCACGCUAUACAAGCCGAAGUCCAAUCGAGAACUCGUCGCUUUUCUGUUUGAUUCUCACCUGCUACUCGCCGUCCCUAACCCUCCUCUUGUGGGGCGGUCGUUCGAAUUCCCGUCGGUAUUUUUUGGGUCAAAUGUGACACUGAAGGUCUAUCGACAACCGAUAGCUCUUGGCGAGGUUGUCGUGUCUGCUGGCACUUCCAUUAGCAACGUUCAAGUUGAUAAGCUAUUCAGAAGUCUUUCCGUUUUAUCGCCAACCGAAUCUGAUCCGACCGAUUUGCACGGGCGUCUUCGUUCUUCACAAUCUUCGUUGGAUGUGGCUUCACCGGGCACUCACCUCGUGCGCGCUCCUUCUUUUUUAACUCCACUGCAACCCGUAUUCUCGCUAUUCUCUAGGAACAAUCCAAACGAGCCCCUGAUACGUUUGAAAACUCGAGCCGUUAAGGAAAGAACCAUCCUUUCUCCACAAUUUAUUGUCUUUGUCUUGUUUUUUCAGGGAUCAAUGGAUUUCGCACAUCUGGAAGGCCAUUCAAAAGUGCCCCAGGCAUUCAUCGUUUCCGACGCCAUCACAGAGCCCUGUUAUAGUGCUAGCCACCUGGUCGUGCCAUCAGCUCCAAUGUCUGCUAUGUCUCCCAUUCUCCCAUUUUCUGGUGAGCGAAACUCUAGAAGCUGGAAUCUUCGUACCCUUGCCGCAUUUGAUGCUCUCUUCGAAAUCGCGGUUGACGACCAGGCGCGCCAGACGUUCCGGUACUCUCAGGACCAGCAGUUGUCUACCACAACAGUUCCUGUACGGAUUCGUUUUGUUUGUCCAGGCGACAGUUUUUUGAACAUUUGGGCCUAUGAUAUUUCAACACAGGCUGAGCUUGGGAGACAGAAAGUUCCCCUUGCGAGAUUGUUAGACUCCGCUCGCUCCACAGCUGAUCAAAGGGCUACAAAACAUAUCAUCACCAUGUCAAACUCCACCAUCGGUCUACAGAUCGAACUGCAGCUAGAACGUACUACAGAUUUGUGGGACUCUUAUUGUAUCCUCCUGUCAAUGAACCAUGUGGAUGAGAAGAGCGGCACUUCACAUAAAGAUCCCGCAGUGGUUACCGAGCUAAAUUUAGCCCCAGAUGUGGGCGAUGAAUACCCGGUACUGUUCCAGAUCAUGUUGUGGACUAGUGUCGCUCUGAUCCUGGUCAUAUGGGGUGUUUCUUGGGGUAUCUGGAACAUGGAUCCUGGACAUGAUGGUAUUAUCUAUCGAGGAACUGCGGUGCGACCAAAGCGAGACUAA